AUGGCGGAGUUGGCGAGGCCGUACGGCAACUCUGAAGAAGCGGGCUACAUCUACAUGUUUUGGAUCACCCCGACAACCAAAAAGGAGGCGGCCCCCGUGCAGGAAGCGAGAUCCCUGCUUGCACCGCCUUCGCCAGCCCGGGGCAUGCUCAUCAAGAUUGGAAGGGCGCAGAACGUCCAGCGCAGGAUGCAACAGUGGACAAAGCAGUGUUCCUACGAGAUUGAGGUCCUGCGGUACUACCCGUACAUACCGGGAGCGAGCGCAGCAUCGGGACAACAACCGCGCAUGACGCCGCAUGUGCACCGCGUCGAGCGGCUCAUUCACAUUGAGCUGUCGGGCAUGGGACUGCAUGCCGGGCCCAUAACGUGUGCCGGAUGCACCUCGGUGCACCGCGAGUGGUUUGAGGUGCAGACGUCCAAGAAGGGCAUUGGCGCGGUGGACGAUGUGAUUCGGAGAUGGGUUGACUGGGACGAGACGACUGUUUGA